AUGACGCGAGUAACAAAGUGUGGUUGUGGGGAUUGCAUCGCCAGGCAAACAGUUGUCAAAGGAGUUGCCAGAGGAGGCCCAAACAAUAUCCCCUUUAAAUAUGGAUAUAUAUACCAGGGCGAAAAAUACUUGACUCGCACUGGAAGAAAGGGUGAAUUUUCGUUUAAAAUUCCUGGGGAUUUAUCUCGCCUAGUUGUUACGUUUAAGGAUAAACGUGGUUAUAACAAUUUCCAGGAUUUAACUAAAGUCAUUCCGCUAGUCCCAGGUCGUGAAACUUACGUAGAGGCACGCAUGAAGCUGCGGCCUGAGCCGAUUACAGUUAAUGCAAAGGAAGGCUUUGAAAUUCCUCUGGGAAAUUCGCGAUCAUUGGGAAGACAAAAUUCUGGACAAGCAGUAGGUAACACUGAUAGCGAGAAAGAGUCAUCUCCUGCCGUAGCGCUAUCUCUACCUCCGCAAAGCUUAAUAACUGAGAACGGGACGGUUUAUAACGGAGAAGCGAAAGUUGAAGUUAGUUUUCUUGAUCCAAGAAACGCGACAGAAGUCGAAGAAGCUGAUGGCGAUUUUACCACUGUUAAUGAAGACGGUGUGCAAGAACAGCUCGAGACUUUUGGCGUGAUAAAGAUGGAUUUUAGUGAUGUGAAUGGAAAACGUUUGCAGCCAAACACAGCCAUUGACGUGCUAUUUGACCUAGAUGAGUACAACAUUACCGAAAAAGAAGCUGAAAAUGUACAGCUUUGGUACAUGGACGAAAAGACUGGCAGAUGGCGUAUUAUGGACUCUAGUUUGAAACAACACGAAACAAGACGGUCAAAGAGAUCAGGCAGACGUUUUUAUUUUUCAAAAAUUGAUCCCAAACUGUAUAAUAAACUUCUCAACCUAGAUCAGUUGACCGAAACGUGUCUCUUCAAAGUUAAGGUAGCAGACGUUGACGUUGAAGACUUGAAAGCCGUAGAAGUUACAGUACUAGCAACACAAGGCUCCUUGAAUAGAUAUUCACUAUACAAUGUGCAGACGAAUAUUCCAAAAUGCAUACAAACAUUUUGCACUGAGGAUCAUGCGAUAAUAAGAGCUACUGUGAAUGGAGAAUAUCUUGUUCCUAAAGAAACGGGAAUUAGUAAAGAUGUGAAAAGUAAACACGUCAUUGAAUACUACCGUUCAGCGGAGGUUGCAGAUCGAUUUAGCAACAGGAUAACAAUUGAUAAAUUAACACGGCCAUUGAGUGCUCAACCCUCGCCAUUCUACGACGAUAUUAAUUCGUGUGAAAGUAGCCCGGAAGAUUACAGUUUCUCUUUCGAGAUUCCCAAGCGCAAAGAAGUUGUUGAGGACUUAGUAGAAAAUUUAGGGGAUAAUUGGUAUGAUGAUCCAGAACUAGCUAAAAUAUGCUACGUGAAAAUAGCCGUGGAUAAUAUUGACCGUUGUCCUAACAAAACGGCCUCCUUCGUGGUUGAAACUGUGCUACGAGAUGACGAGAUUCGAGCAGGAUAUGUAAUUAUAACUUUGAAUUUUAACAAAUCUGCAGCUUGUGCUGAAUACAAAUGUCCUAUAAGCGACGAUCACGGAGUAAAGGUUAAUGUAUUACCCAUCACUGCUGGAAGGUUUACAGAAUAUCACAAAGAAACACAAGAUUUUGUAGACGAGAUGACUUCGACCAUAUCUGAAGUUUUUUCCUUCAAACCAAUAUUUGAUCUCAGAAAGCCAAGCAUUGGAAUAAUUCAGAGUGAAAAUGAAGUGUUUAUCGCAGACGAUAAAAAAGGGAAAAGAGAGGAUUGUACAAAAGAACGAAUAAAAUCUGGUAUUAGAUUCAUGUGUAACGAUUUUCCAUUCUGGCCAUAA